UCCUGGUGAAAAUCAGCUCUAAUUGGCAUCCUUCUUUCCAGUUUCGUAAAACUCUUUGGUUGCACGUCCGAAGCAAUUUGUUAAAUGCCAUAAAAAAAAUGUUAACAUGGAAAUUGCUUGUGAAAGAGUGAGGACAGCAACAGGUACAACAUUAACAAGCUUUCACGGUCUCCUCAACAUACCAUCAAAGUUGGUAGAGCGAGAAUGCAUGUUGUUUUUGUUUUCUGGAAGGGCUCGAAUAAGCUGUCGAUAGUUUUAAAAUGUAUUAGUCAUUAUAAUGUAAAUCUGAGUAUAGAAUACGGUUAUAGAAUGCGGAUAGAACCCAGCAUAGAACCGCGGUUCUGCUUGCUUGUGUUCUUGAUUUGAAUAGAGACCGCAGCCUCAGCAAGCAGUAUGCCAACUGCACCAACCGGUUUAUCCGUGCUGUCACUGUAAUGUCAUCCCGCUGCAGCGAGGAACUGUAAAUAGCAAAGAAAGUGUACCCGUGUUUGCUGCCGCUCGGCACCAAAAUUUAUCACAUUGUAUGACGGUCGGGUGUGUUUUAGCGUGUUACCGAGUGCAAUACAACGUAGUGCUGGACGCAUUCCUAUUGGGCAGUGCAGUGUGCGCCUCGUGGUGUGCGAAAUGGGCGAUAUUCUGUGGUCCCCAGCGAUGAACGAGCCGUCGACGUCGCAGCCGCAGCUGCCGCGGUUUACCGAAAAUGAUCAACUGUUCGACGAGCUGCUGGAAAACAUCGUGUAUGUGGGCAACCUGCCGAAACAGAUCAUGCUGACCGAUCUGAUAGAGCUGUUCAAGUACGCCGGCCGGAUCGAGCGCGUCGCCUGGUACGGUGAGCAUCGUACCGACAUCAACACGAAGGUGGCAUUCAUCCGCUUUCGACACUCGCGGCACGCGAAGGAGGCGGCAAAAUGGGACCGGAUACGCUACCAAGACUCAAUACUCAUCGUGAUGCAGAUAUUCAAGGACCAGUGGUUCGACAUGAGCGUAUCGAUAAUGGUGCGAAACAUACGCGACGAUACAACCGACUGGCAGCUGUACGAAGCAUUUCGACGGUUUGGCAAAAUCUACGGCAUACUGAUACCGACACACGGUACCGCGUACGUGGGAUUUUACUAUGAGGCCGAAACACAGUGCGCACUGGAAAUGAACAACAACAUGUUCAACGGCAACAGGAUGCGAGUGGAAAUGUUGCGACGGAACCUGCCACUGCAGCAGAUCGAUAUAUUCGAUAUCACGAAGAACGAGGUGCGCCUGCUGCGCGACAUGCUGCUCGAGGUGGACGAAAAGCUCGAACAGUUUUACUCGGCGUACGACGAAGCGUUCAACUACUCCUCCAAAGAUUACCGCCGGUGGAAGCGGAAGCGGCGCCGCGUAACGCCCCUGCUGAGCGAUUCCAGCUCGUCGUCCGAGAGCAGCUCGUCCAGCGUGUCGGAGAUAUCGAACCGCAGUGCGACCGAGGUGCGGCGCAUACUGUGCGGCUCGAACGAGGAGAACCGCUGUCUCGGCAUCUUCGGCAUGAACCCGGACACGACGGAAAAGACGCUGAUGAAGCUGUUCUCCCGCUACGGUCACGUGAAAGACAUCAAGCUAAUCUACGACGGCAAAACGAACGUGUCGCGCGGCUACUCGUUCAUCUACUUCAAGCAUGCCAGCGAUGCGCGCCGCGCGCAGCGCAAACUGAACGGCACCAUGCUGGAGGGGCGCAAGGUGCGGGUCGACUUUAGCCGCAGCAAGCCGCACGAACCGCGGGCCGACCGGCGCAAGCGCGUCUCGCCCACGGUCGCGUCGACCAGUGCGGAUCGCUGCUGCCAUCGCCGGCAUGGCGCCACCCAUCACAAGAAGCGCAAAAAGCGUCGCGUCUGCUACUCGUCGUCGGACUCGGAAUAAUUGUGCGCUACACGACACGGUAUCGGGCAAGGCGGAAAGCGGAGCGAACGUGGUCACUGACGGUACUGCUGGAAAGCCAAACUCUCUAACCGCCCAUCUUAUCAACCUUACCAGUUUUUAGUGUCACGCCAACAGAAAGGACACAUCAUUAUACCAAUCCUCCCUCCCCUCUUUUUUUAGUUGCUUAUUUUCUAUGUGCUUUUAGGCGUGAUGUCAUCGAUUGGUAACAAUACCAUCAUCGUUUGUUUAAGGCAAGCCCUGCACUAUCAAAACAUCCGGAGACCACAUGGUCAAUUACCAUUUUCUUCAACAACCAUCUCAAGAUUCAUGCGCAACGCUGCAUGCACAGCACAACAGCUUCAAACAAACAAACAAUCGUUCUUUUCCUUGGCAAAUGCCAUCCUCCAACUCAAACAGUGUGCAAAGAACGCAAACAAAAGGCAGUAAAUUCAGCUUCUAUCAAGAACAAAACAGCAGCAACAGCAGCAGCAGCAGCAAGUAAUCAGCAUCAAACACACUUCAAUUCGUAAACGUACAAUAGUUUGUAUUGUUUAUUCGCUGUUUGUCAUUUAGUUGAACAUUGAUAGUACAUAGUUUGUUCUGUUCGUUUGCUUAACACCUUCUCUACGAACUUACGCAUCUUAUUUCCCACCCAGAACUACUUACUCAAUUAUAACAGCACAAUUGAAAACACUUGAAAACAAAACAGUUUAGUAAACAGAGAGAGAGAGAGAGAGAGAAAGAGAUAGCGAGAUAGAUAGGUUCGAGAUACCCGAAACCGCAAUUCGACGGUUUCAGUUGGAAACUGGAUAAAGACAGGACAGAUGUAUGUUUUGUAUGUAUGGUUUAUAUAUAUAAUAUAUAUAUAUAUAUAUAUAUGUGUGUGGUAAAUCCGCGGUACCAACGAAACAGGAAACUGAUGGAAGAGAUUGAAAUUCUGUUCCGAAUACGCACGCAACACAUCUCAGACGAUGUAGAGAACAUUAUUUGUGUGGCAAAACACACUCGUGAUGGAAAAACUAAACCGCCGCUAAACGAGUAGCGAAUGGUGGUACAGUGACCAGUUUGGCACUGUGAACGAUAGGAGAGACAUAGAAGACACAGAAGAGAGAAGGAGUGAAUCGGAAACAAACGUUAUUAAGAAAACGUCUUUAACACCUUAAGUGUGGUGUGGCAAGUAAUAUCCCUUCCUGCGUUGGGAAAGUGCAGUAGGGCGAUGGAAUGCUUGCAACAUAGCAUUUGUUAUGUACAUUAGGUUGUUGGAAGCCCGCUCGAACGGUUUGCAUGUCAAAAGCCUCAUUGAGGUCUCAUUUUACUGCUUAAUUACGGAGGAGGAUUUAGAUUCUAGAGGUAGGAAAGGGAUCGAAGUAAAACAAAUCGAAACGAUGGGACAGUAAACCAAGCCACUGAAGAAAAACUCGUGUGAACAGCUCGAACCACCCUCGGCAUCGGGACAGAAAUAAGUGAUUGAUCAAGCGAACUCCUACCCGGAACGUUCGAUGUCAUAGUGACUGAUUAAACGAUGCACUUCGAUGUGUGUUGUGCCUGCUCGGUAGCAAAUGCGUCCAUCAACAUUUCGUUUAUUCGUUGUAUUCGUGGAAGUGAUGAUCGUGGGCCACUCGCGGAACCUGACCUCGCUUCCAACAACCAACAAUAUUCGACAGUACAGCAUCAACGAUAAGGUCAAUCCACCCAAACCACAACCCGGCUAUCCAACUGACGCCACGCCAGUGCCAGACCCAACGGUCGCUCCACGUGCUCAAACCACAUGGUGCGGUACGGCUCCGGUGCCGUAUGCAGGAUGGUAUUCGGUACCAUUGACGGUGCCCGUGCCGCCUGCAGCAGCAGCAGCAGCGGCCACUGCAGCCGCCGCGGCCGCCGCUCGUUGCAGCGAGGGAUGAUGCAUGUGGUGUGUCGCUGUCGUAGUUGCUCCAGCUGCCACCGAGCCUGCCGGUGCCGUGGCCGAUCCAUGCAGGCUGUGGUGGGGCUGCGACGGUUGCUGCUGGUGAUGUAGGUGCGCAUGGUGGUGCGAUUGUUGUGGCGGCUGCGACUGCUGAUGUUGCGCCGAAUGGUUGUUGUGUUGCUGCUGCUGCUGUUGCUGUUGGUGAUGAUGAUGGUGAUGCUGGUGAUGGUGAUGGUGGGGGGCGUGAUGGGCGGUCGUCGCCAGCACACCCGGGUAUAGCUCGGGCGAACGACCGUCGUGGGUGGGCGUGCCGGCCAGCAGCUCCGACAUGAAGCCAAUGUACGUUAUCGCCAGGCGCAGUGUUUCGAUGCGCGACAACCGUUUCUCGUACGCGAAGGUGGGCACUUUGCGGCGCAGCUUGUCGAACGCUUCGUUCAGGUUGAACAUGCGGCGCCGUUCGCGUAUGUUGGCUGCGCGCCGCUGUGCCAUCGACGCUACCCGGCGGCGCGUUUUCUUUGUCGACCCACUGGACGGUGCUGGUUGUGCGCCACGUGGCGAAAGCCGCUGGCUGACAAAGCUGCCGACCUGCUGCCGGGGCCAGAUAGCUGUAAGAAAUGAAAAAGAAACAAAAUAACAGGAAAGAAAUUUAAAAUCCGAAAGUCAAAUGCCGCUGCACUGUGCUGUGUGUGCGUGUGUGUAACGUUCAAUGUUUCUUCCUCCCAUCAAUUUCCAACACACGUACGACAGUGGCAAACAUUAUCAAUAGCCAUGGCUGUGGUUCUCAAACACAAAGCAAAGAUCAGCAUCAAAUCAGCGAUCCACACGCGCUUUUUUACAUCAUCUCCAACCGUCCCACGCAUGGUACAACGUUCAAACGAGCAGAUCAACGCAGAGUCAUCGUCAAUGUACAAUGAAUGUCAAACCUACUGUAUGCAUCCAUUUAUGAAAAACUGUUUAAAAAGAGAACCAUUAAACGCGAUACUGUAUAGUAACGAACGAGUUGUAA